UUCGGUCCAAUUCGAAAGUGCUCUAAACAAACACAAAUGGCCCAAUUUUUCAAAGUCGCACUCUUUGCAGCGCUCGUCGCCUUGUGCACAGCAUUCCCCGUUGAAUAUCUGGCUGAACUGGACUACGCAUUGGCGGAUCAACACCAACACGAGCAAGAACCAUAUAACCACCAUCCGAAAUACUCGUUCAACUACGGGGUGAAAGACACUCACACGGGCGAUGUGAAACACCAUUCAGAAGAGAGGGACGGAGACGUCGUCAAAGGGCAGUACAGCCUCUUGGAACCGGACGGUACGAUGAGGAUAGUCGACUAUUCAGCGGACAACCACAACGGAUUCAACGCGGUCGUCACCAAGAGAGGACAUUCAGUACAUCCGGUACACAGCUACCAUUGAGAUCUCUCAGAACAAAAGAAAUAUACUCAUGUGAUAUAUGACUGAACGACCAUGUAAAAUGUAAAAAAAAGUUGAUCCUAUAAUAAAUAUUUUUAUA